UUGUCUUCCCCUCCACGAUUGCCUGUGCGCGAACCUCUCUUUUUUUUAUAACCUUUUGUACCUGUCUCUCACACAAGACGCGAUCUUCUAGCUCUUUUUUUCCUAACAGCUAGUCUUUUUUUCCUUUCAUCGUUUAGACGUAUUUCGCCGCCCUCUUCCUCCUUCUUCCUGUCUUCAAUCCAAUCUCCAUCUUCCAUUCUCCAUUGCCAGCUAAUCAAUCGUCUUGGCUUUCUUCAGAGCUUCCCUGCCCACAUGUCCCACUUCUAGGCUCGACCACUACGACUCGACCGACGGCGGUUCGACCACCCCUCAUCGACCCACGAUAGCCUCAAUUGACCCGUCCCACUCGACCCCAGACUAGACCACAUACCGCUCAUCUCUGCUCGCCGCCGCUCCGUCGGCCAGAACUACCGCUCAUCAUGCCGAAGCAACGCAUGCUUUUCGGCCGUCCCGUCCCCCGCUUCGGCACACGACGCAUCUCCCUGCUGCUCGUGAGCAUUUCCAUCUUCGCCGUCUUCUCCCUCAUCUUCACCCUGCCGAGCUCCAUCCCCUCUGGCCCGAGCCUGUCAAAGUACACGGAUCGCAAGUUCUCGAUUCCUUCGGCCCUCAAACACCCCUUUGGCGCCUCGAGCCGCCUCAACCCUUUCAAGUCUCCAUCCCACCCGCCCCCGCGCCAGCAGAAUGACACCUACGGCGAGUCCUCGUGGUGGGCCGACUGGAAGUGGCUCUCAGUGCCCUUCUCCUCCUCCCUGACCCUCGACGAGGAGCGCUCCCUGCUGCCGCCCCUCAAGCCGCGCCCGGCGAUCUACUGCUACUACGACACCACCAUCAAGAAGGACGCCGCCAGCAAGGACGCCGAGAGCGAGCUGCUCCUGCUCUGGCGCCGCGCCUGGUGGGCCCGUGGCUUCAAGCCCAUCAUCCUCAGCGCCGCCGAGGCCAUGAAGAACCCGCUCUACGACGAGCUCCAGCGCAAGGAGAUGGACCCUGACCUGAAGACCGACAUGAUGCGCUGGCUCGCCUGGGACAACAUGCGCGGCGGCCUGCUCGCCUACCACACCACCCUGCCCAUGGGCUCCCAUGAGGACCCCCUCCUCUCUUACCUCCGCCGCGGCGAAUACCCGGAGCUCACCCGAUGGAAUAACCUGGGCAGCGGCCUUUUCGCCGGCGGCGACAAGGAGGUCACCGCCGCCAUCAAGGCCACCAUGGGUGGCUCCAAACUGAAGGACACAAAGGACUUUGUCGACGCCGCUACCGAGGACACCUUCAAGAUCGACAACCACCCCAAAGCCAUUGCCUACUACGACUCGGCCGUCAUCCAGGACAAGUACCCCAAGGUCGCCGAGGCCAUCGCCGCUGAUCGCGCCGGCGGCCUACGGGCUCUCAAGAGCCUCAUCAACGGCCACCUGCACACCACCUGGCAGAACGUCUUCUCGGACGGUAUCGCCGUCCUCAAGCCCCUGCCGCAGCACAUGACGCACAUGAUCAAGAACGCCUGGGACCUCGCUGGCGACCUCUCCACCUGCCCAGCCGACUCCCCUAUGCCCUCAUCCUGCCCGCCCAACAACGCAAAGUGCAAGCCCUGCGUCCCCGCGCAGCCCAUGCACGUUGCGACCCCUCCCCGCUACCGCAACACCUCGACUCUCUACACCAUCGGCACAGUGCCGCAUCCGUACACGACCGCCCUCCUUACGAACCUCCAGGACUCGAUUGAGAUUCCCUGGAUCCGCCGCAAGUCGGAGCGCGACUCCUGGCUCAGCGCCGUGACCGCCGAGCUACUGGGCGCUGGCGUCGGCGGCGCUCCCCGCAUUCUCAAGUUCAAGGAAGCCGUCGCCGGCGAGUUCGCCACCGCCCACUCCCUCUGGCUCACGGCGGAGAAGGACCUACCUAAGGACCUCGAUUGGCACUUCGGCUUCGCCAUCCCCCGCAAUGCUACUGAUGGCACCUCUGAGACCCCCGUUCCCGGCCCCGAGCGCCGCCCGCAGCCCAAGCACGACCCGGCCGACGGCCCCGUCGCCAGCCCUGACGAGCUCGACAAGGAGCCGCCCUUGCUCAAGAGAGCGCGCGACAUGGGCAAGACCAAGGACGCUCGCGAGCUCGCCGUUCGCAGCGCCAUCGAAGCGUGGAACCUGGCUGAUACAGAGGCGUGGAAGUUCGCGCGGGCCUUCCUGGCCCGCCGCAUCGUCGAGCGCAAGGAAUGGGAGGACAACGAGAGCCAAUACGUCGGCGGCGUCGGCACCGAGAAGGGCCGCCGUACGAGCUGGGGCGGCCGCUGGCUGGACCACAAGGACUAGGCGUGUGGUUGCUGCAAUGAGGAUAAAGGAAACAACGGCGGAACGGUAAACCAUCGCUCCCUCCCC